AAGUUGGGCAUUUUAAAAGAUUGCGUUAGCGCUACUAUGACUCACUACUCCGAUAUAUGGAAUCAUCGAUGAAUAUGACAUUUGGAACCGGAGCUACGUCAAUCAUGACGUCAUACCCGAUCGGAAAUGGUGACGUCAUCACAGAAACUGAGAAGAAGUUGUUUGAAAAUACGUCACCUUCUUCAACAGCGAUGAUAGUCACUCAGGGCGUACUAUAUGGAGUCAUUCUUUGCGUUGGAAUGUUAUUCAACUGUUGUGUCAUCUGGUUAAUACGUCAUAAACGAUCGCUUCAUACCGUCACAAACAUGUGGGUUACGUCACUAUGCAUCAGCCAGUCUCUUAUCUGUGCAAUUUCUCUACCUGUCAUGCUUCUGUCCGUCAUGGCUGACGACUGGAUUCUUGGAAAUAUAUUCUGUCGAAUAUUUGGAUUCUAUACUACAUGCCUUCGGACCGUCUCCAUUCUUUCAGUAGCCGGAAUCGCGUUAGACCGUUACCACAUCGUCACUCGUCCUUUCAGUGCUCGGAUUCGUAAAAGCUCGGCUCGAGUUCUGAUUGUGCUUACAUGGUGGAGCGGACUGUUUUCUGCGGUACCUCCUCUUCUUGGAAUUGGAUUAUAUAGAUAUUCACCCAAUAGUCAUAUGUGCGGUGUAAGUUGGUCAUUGGGAGGAAGUGCACUGAUCUUUUCCGUAUUUUACAUCACUUCCGUGUACGUCAUGUCGCUAAUGACAACGACUUAUUCAUAUAAACUGAUUUAUCAGGUAACCAGGGCACAAGCGGAGAAGCGAAAACGGCCAUCGUUUGCGGGCGGGUUGGGCAGUAGCUUGAAGAGCAGUGGGCGGUCUGCGAGUAGGCGUGGUGGUAGUACAAAAAGUGGGCGUGGCCAUGAAUACACGAACGGGUCAACGACUGACGAUGAGGCAAUGCAAGUCAAUACGCAAGCCGUAAAGAAUAAAAAAGGAUCGCCAGCUCGAAGACGUCUUACCAGUGCAAUUCAUGGGAAACUUAGUCGAAGUAAAGGUUCCUUACGCAACCGGCUUUCUGCUUCUCUUGGGGGCGGAUAUUCACACGCCAGCAUCGACAGUCGAGCAGCGUUGACGAUCGGGCUCGUUCUUACAGUAUUUUUAUUUUCCUGGAUUCCGUAUUUUGCGUAUGGAUUAUAUUCUGCCAUAGCUGGGGGUGAAUACAAUAAAACCUCUACCGCCCACUCGUGGAUUGAGUUUGUUACUACGUGGCUUUCUUUUUCUAAUGUCGUUUGGGAUCCGCUUUUAUACGGAGCACUGAACCACAAUUUUAGGACGCAUUUAAGGGAAUGGUAUUGUUGCUCAAAAGCAAAUUUCAAAAUCUUCAAAAAAUCGAAAGAAAAGUUUGCGAAUUCCGAUAUAUAUGAUGAAAACCAUUAUCGAAGGUCAACGAAUGUUGCUGCAAAUUGGAGAGAGAUUAUCAAAAACGAAGAAAAAACGGAACGAGAGAAUGCAGUGAUAUAUGGAAGAGGAGUCUCCUUCGUAGAAGACUCACAAGAGCAAAUGAGCGAAUCUGCACAUACUAUGACGUCAUUAGAUGGUGACGUAAUAUUAUCUUCUCCGUCGUCAAAGAGACGAUCAACAGAACCGCCAACAAAUUGGACAAAUUCAAAAAUAUUUUUCCUUCCAGAGGGAGGCGAGAAUCGAGUUGUAAUACCUGACAUUGAAAAAUCGCCAAGGUCGCGUCUUCCCAUUGUCUACACUCCCACUUCUCUACGACAAGACAUUGUUAGCAAACAAUUGAACUACUCAUCAAGGUCUAUGACGUCACAAAGCUUCGGUGCAUCACGUGAUUCUAUAUUUGAUAAUGACCAAUCAAUGGUGCAAAAAAACGAAUACGCGAGCACUUUUAUUCCCCAUAUGAGAAAGAUUUCGAAUCACGAAAUAUUACGUCAUAAUGACGUCAUAACAAUGGGAGAUCGACGUCAUGCACCACCGAACUCCAAACUUCGAGAAUCAAGGGAAGUGAAUUCACCUUUGCCCUUGACUAUGACCUAUGCCGGAAGCGGAAGAACAACCCCGGGGUCAAAUAUGAGUUCAUUUCGGCUUAAUGAACGAAUGUCAAGUUCAAGAAAAUACGCGAAAAACAAAAAAUACGGAAAAAAUUCAACCGAAAUAUUUUUCACUGAAAACGACUUGAAUUCGGGCCUCGAAGGCGCCAAUGAAAAACAUAUUUCAAAAAGCCGGGCGACAUUGCCCGCAGUAAAUGUACAAGAUUCUCAUGGUAGUUCAAAACCUAUUUCAACAAGCUCCACUUUCGUAUCCGGAACUCCUACCACUACUGAAUCCGGCGGUGCAACUAUAUCCGGUACAAAAUCAGCUUUUACUCCUCGAACUAAACUUUCAAGCGAGAGUGGUCGCAGGAGGAUAGAAAAGGUACGGAAUUUACCGAGACAUAAAUAUAAUAAUGAAAGUAAAAAUGGGAGCUUAUCUCAAUCAGCCACCCCUUUAUAACAAAAAGCGUAUUUGUUGGAAAGAUCUGUAAGGAUAAGACGAAAUAGGGUCGAUAAUUGGUUUCAAAGCAGUCUCAAAUCAGAGCUCCCCCGUCUUAUGUGCACCAAGAUGGCGCACAACCUGAACAUAGUAUCUGUACCAACCAAGUGAGAGCUCACUUCCCUUGAUUCUCGAAGUUUGGAGUUCGGUGGAGCUUGUUUAAAAAGAAACAUCUAUAGAAA